GCUCCAAGCCACCAACUGGUUCACCAGAGAGAAAUGGGGAAAAGAGAAAGAGAGAAAGACCGACUCAUUCGAACUCUUAAUGAGCACCUUAACAACAUCCAUGACACCUUACAGAGUUUGGAUCAAACAGUAGCUUCGUCGCUAGAAAAAGUGAGCUGGAACGAUGUUUUGAAGAUGGGUGAACAAGUCUCCAAGCAAGCCACUAAUGUGGGUAUGCUUUGGACUGGGGAGACACCAGAAGCUAAAGCAGUCGACGAGAACAUGGCGGCUUACUUUAAUACCCUGCAGGGUUUCCUUUUGCAUACCUAUGGAAGUACAGUUGGUGCUGGACCUACUCUUUCUUCUGCAAUCCAUGCGUCUGUGAAGCAAGUUGUUGAUUCAAGUUUUAAGUUGAUGAAGGAAUCUGUUAAUUUAUAUGGAUCUCGCAAUAAAGAUCAAGCACAUGCAAUGCCUCAGUUUGUUGGUGCAGUUUGGGAAGCUUGCACUGCUCUUAAGAAGACUCCUGCCACAAAUAUCACAGCAAUUGGACGAGCUAUGACACAGGUUGCUGUUUCCAUGAAGGACGUUCUUCGUGAGAUGAAGGAGCUUAAGCCUGGUCCCUCUGAUCCAAGUGAAGCUUCUGAUGAUGCUUCAUCUAACGCAGACACUGGAGCUCAAGAUGAUGAAAAUUUCAGUUUGGGUGAUUUAGGCAAUGACUUGUCACCUGAGGAGAUGAAAGUAGCUCAACUGGCAAUUGGUAUUGUGUCUGAGACACUUGUUGUCAUCAAGGAACUAAUCCGCACGAUCACAGGUUUGCUUAAGCUGGAGAAUCCAGAUGAUAAUGGUAAAUUUGUGGACUCUUUGGAAAAAAUAUUGAAAUUAUGUCAAGGACUAGGACUACAGAUUGAUGAACUUGGAGCCUGUCUUUACCCCCCACAAGAGGUUUCAGCUAUGAAGACAGUGAUGGAGAAAAUAUCGAGCAUUACUGAUGAACUUCAGACAGAAGUAGAAAGUUUUAAGAGCUCCUCCGAAGCUUUCAUUCAGGUGUGCAAUGGUUUGAGGAAUUCAUUGAAACAAAUGGACUCUGAACUAGAUUGCUCAAGUACAACUGAUUUAGAAGUUAAAAUGCAGAAUGUUUCUGUAAGCAAUUAGAGAGAGUGGGUGAGAAACAAAUCAUGGUUUGUAUUUGUGAUUACCCGUUGC